AUGUGGCUUACAAAAUUGCGUCCAAUUUUGGGCAAUAGAUUACAGUCAAGUCAAUUCCUAUUUAAAAACAAUGAACAACUGAACAUUUUAACCGUGUUGCCUGUGCAUAAAUAUAACCACCGUACUUACAAAAAUUUUGGUCAUCAGAGAGAUCCUCCAGAACAUCCAUUGAAAAAAGCAUAUCUUUUGGGUUUUCUAGGCUUAAUAAUUUAUAAUUUUGUUGAUUGGAAAAAGUAAGUCAAUUUUAAUCUACUGUUAAAUAAUGUUUAAAUUACUGUUAAUCUGGUUAUUCCAAUUUCUCGUAAAGUGUUGGUUAGUAGCCCUAAAUUAACUAACAGAAUUUUUCCGGUUAGCACUAACUGGACAUUGUAUGAAUGGGCCUAAAUUAUAUAAAAUAUGGUAGUUCGAAUACUUUAAUAUAAAACUAGGGGACUUGUCCCUUGAUUGCUUUGCUCGCCAAUUCCUGUAACUCAUAACCAUAUAGUUAAGGUUAAUAAAAUAUGAAGAUAUAAAUAUUCACAAAUUUUUUAUAUAAUAAAAAUGUAAUUAAUAAGACAUGUAAUUGUUUUCAUUUUUUAAAUAGAUCAUGAUAAUAACUUGUUUUUCAGCGUUGGUAAAAAAAUAUUUCCUCCUGUGGAUGCCGAUAGUCAUGUUGAUACUAAUGAGAGUACUGUUCAGGAAGUUUUAGAAGAAACAGUUGAGAAAAAAAAGAAAAAACCCAAGCAAAAAGUCGGUUUUCGCGAUCGAAAGGUUUUAUUAUAUUAGUAUAAUACACUUCUUUAGAUUUUAUGUAACCUGCCAAACCAAUAUUACUCAGACUCUUUUCAUCCUUCAAUUUUUAUUUUUUAGUACUUGGAUCCAAUCCCUCUAACAGUUCAGUCUUUAACUCUCAUUCUUCCACUAUUUGAUUUUGUAAACUCUACAAUUAAUACACUUUUUGUAUAUGGUGAUGGAUUUUCCAAAUUUGUUCUUAUUUUGUGAAAGACAAACUUUUUUUAUUUAUAUAAAUAUGAUAAAACUGUUCCACUAAUUGACUAAAAUUAUAUUCUGUUUUCAAUAUUGAAGUUUUUCAAACACAAUUCCGAUAAUUUUACUUGACUUUUUGAACUUAAUCUGUCAUUAUAUAUACCUCAACCAAUCCCCUUUAAAUAAUUUUAAUAAAUGUAUUAAUUUCAGAUUAUUGAGUAUGAAAACAGGAUACGUCAUUUUUCAACCCCAGACAAAGUAUUUAGAUAUUUUGCUACUUUACAAGUAACACAUGUGCACUCAAAUGGACAAGAAACUCAUGAAGUAUUUAUGACGCCAGAUGACUUUCUUCGUUCUAUGACUCCUGGUAUCAAACAACCUGACGGUCUUGGCCUUGAUCAAUACAAAAAAUUUGAUCCAAAAGUACUUAUUAUUAAUUCAAUUGGGUCUCACAAAUUUGACAACUUUAACACUUUGAACUUAUCAAUUUUUAAUCAUACUGUGUCUUGGUUUUAUAGAGUACUCAUAUGAAAUUAGAAUUAGCAUUAAAUGAGGACAGUAUAUUUUACAAGCUCGGAAGUUCUGGUUUAAUAACUUUUUCAGACUACAUAUUUUUACUUACUGUAUUAUCUAGUAUGUCAUUAACAUUUUAAAUUUACUUUCUUUUAAUAAUUUUUCAAAACAUUUUCAGCUUCAAAAAGGCAUUUUGAAAUAGCAUUUAGAAUGUUUGAUUUAAAUGGUGAUGGUGAUGUAGACUGUGAAGAAUUUGAAAAAGUGGCUACUUUAAUUAGACAACAGACAAGUAUUGGAAAUCGUCAUAGAGAUCAUGCAAAUACUGGUAACACAUUUAAGGUGCCUACUUUAAUUACAAAAUUAAUAUUGCGUUUUUAAUAUUUUACUCUUAUAUAAAUCAUAGGGUUUCAAUUCUGCAUUAACUACAUAUUUUUUUGGUGAGAAUCUUGAUGAAAAAUUGACAAUUGAGAAAUUUCUCGAUUUUCAACAACAGUUACAAUCUGAAAUUUUAAGUUUAGAGGUAAGUAAAAUGUUAAAUUAAUAUAUAUAAUAAUUACAAUUUUCUUAUUAUAAAUUAAUUUAGUUUCGGCGAAAAGGACCCAGUGAAGAUGGAACUAUAACAGAAGUUGAAUUUACUGAUCUACUUUUGGCUUAUGCUGGUUAUGCACCAAAAAAGAAAGCCCGUAUAAUUAAACGAGUAAAGAAAGUGUAAGUAUUUAAUUCUAUAAGUCUUAAAUAUUGAAUAUUUCAUUUUCAAUUAUUUGAAAUAAUUUAUCUUGUAUAUUUAUUAGUUAAUUAAAACAUAUUCUGAAUUGCAUUAUCAAAAAGAACUAUCCAAUUUUGGUUAUGAUGAAAAAUAGUAAUGACGGAUAACAUUCUCAUUAUGAUUAUUUUAAAUAUAAUAUCAUCUUAAUUACAGUUUCAAAGAAAACACACAAGGCAUUAGCGAAGAUGAUUACAUGCAUUUUUUCCACUUUUUGAAUAACAUUAACGAUGUAGACACAGCACUGACAUUUUAUCAUAUUGCUGGUGCAUCAAUUGAUCAAGGUUUCUUUGUUUCUGAUUGUAUAGUAAUAUAAAAAUAAUUUAUUUUUAUGGUUUUUUCUCUCUAUAGCCACUUUAAAGCAUGUUGCAAAGACAGUGGCCCAUGUUGACCUAAAUGAUCACAUGAUAAAUGUUAUUUUCACAAUUUUUGAUGAAAACCGUAAGUUAAUAUUUGUUAUACAAUCGUACUCUUAAAAUAAAUUAAUAAUAAUAUUUAUUUUGUUGCCUAAUAACUUUCAAUCUUAAUUUUAAGUUGAUGGACAGUUGAGCAAUCGUGAAUUUGUUGCUGUUAUGAAAAACCGUUUAUUAAGAGGACUGGAGAAGCCAAAGGAUACUGGCUUUGUUAAGUUUAUUCAGUCUGUAGGAAAAUGUGCUAAGGAAAGUACUCCUAUUAUUCUUGACUUAUAA